AUGUCUGACUCAAAACGUCCCUUGCUCAAAGGCCCACCACGUCCACCCCGAUCAAAUCCAUUGGCGUUAUCCUAUACCGAACCUCCUAGACUCAGGAACGAGGUAACACGUACAAAGAGUGAUAGCGUUAGAGUUGUGGAAUUCAACGGAUCCGCAAUUCCUCAGCCAUUUCUUGAUCCAUCCAUUAUGCAGAAAAAAGCGCAGUUGGAACGAGAGCGGAAGUUAGAGCAGGAGAAAAGCACACGACAGCAGCUCGAAAGAAAUCAGACUGAGGGCUCUUCUAGAUCCUAAUUGAAGGAGAUGUGUUCAAUGGCGUGCAUUGGUAUCACGUGAAGUUUAUUUCGAUAUGUGUUUGUUUUGGGAUAAUUUUUUAAGUACUACAAUUCUCGAUGACGGAUUGAUAUCGGAUGCUCGACUACAUGUCGUGUGCAAAGCUGUACUUCACAAAAUUACACGACGUUCUACAUGCGUAGACCAUCAUGUGAAUAGCAACUGUAGGUAUGAGUUACAGUGCCUUUUUCAAGGUCCGAAGUCGGUCGAAGGAUCGGAUGAUGAAGUUCGCGAUUCUUGAAGAUAUUCGGAUACUUACAUGUUUGAUAGAUCUUAUCUCUUGUCCCU